AGGAUAUGAGUUUGGAUGAGGAUAAUGAUCCUGCCGGCGUUGUCAGUCCAGUUUUUGGCUGAUUGGCCACAAACACAUAAAGGCACACACUCUGACAGCUCAGUUUUUGUAAUGCAAGAAUUUUUAAUUACUCCGCUGAGAUUCAGUUGGCUGAGGAGCUCAGGUCUGUUUGCUGAGUGCCGUUUGCAGGUUAUCAGACGGGACAGCCAGUCUGAAAGAAUUCAGGCCCCACAGUGGCAUCAUAGACUGUGAGGAGAGGGAGUGGGAGAGUGCAAUCCCAGAGAGAGAGAGAGAGAGAGGGAGAACAGGGACCACCUUAUCUGACCGACCCCAGUGACAAGAAAUUUCUCAAUGAGAGCAGACAACAUCAACCCCAGGACAGGGCUGGUGGUGGCUUUGGUCAGUGUCUUCCUGGUUUUUGGCUUCAUGUUCACCGUGUCUGGAGUGAGAGGGGAGACUCUGGGAGAUAUCCCGCUCAUUGCCAUCGGGCCUGCUAUCUUCCUGCCCGGCCUGGCUGCCAUCCUGCUGGCCAAGAAGACCGAUGGAUUCUCCAAGUGGCCGGCAGCCCUGUGUUGUGGCCGGGACAGAAGGGACACCGAGGGAGAGCUCUUGGCUGCCCCGAGCAUCGGGGGCAGCUGGCAGGACAUGUCCAAGACCUCGACCAGGACCCAGACCCCCGAGGUCGAGGAGGGAGGCUUCUCUGUGGACUCCCGGAGCCUGAUCCGCAAGAGCGACCAAGAGGCGGCCAGGAGAUACUUGGAGACCUACUACCCAUCCGGAGUCUUCAACAACUACUGCGCCUUCGCCCGGCUGUGCUCCAACCGGGACAGCGCCUUCUACACCAGCGUCUACUCUACCCGGGACAGUGUGGUCUACUCCCCUCGGGACAGUGUCCCCUACGGCAGGUAUUACUGCUGUUACCCCAGCCCGGGAGAAACCCAACAUGUCAGACUUUGCUGGGACUACGAGACAAUAGUGUGAGGGAGACUUGAACACCGAAGUGUGCAGCCGCUGCAGCCGAAUAGCAACCCCCCCUCCCCUAUCAAGCAAGCGAGCUUUUCAACCUUGGGUUAUUUUUUUUUAACGAGAACCUGAGACCUUGAGUUGGGUGGGAGUGACACAGGCGUGUUUUGUGGAUUGUCACUUUGGCAAUUUUAAGCGUUAUUAGACCUAAAACUAAUUAUGAAUAUGAUUCAUGUUUUAUUUAAUGUAUGCUUUUGUUCCUCAGCCUAGAUCUUAGACUUGAACCGGUCUUGUUGCACCACAUAUCUGCGCAAGCAUGUUUAACCUAAGCAUGUUCCAAGGAAUGUGGAUUUUUUUGUAAAUCCGCGUCAAUGACCCAAAACCAUAA